GUAACACUUGCAAAUUCAUUUGUACCAUUGCUUAGUUUCCAAAUUAUUUGUUUAAGUUAAAUUAUAGUAAGUGAAAUGGAUCAUGCCAUAACGCCGGAACCGCACUUGGUGCCAGGAUACACGGGUCAUUGUGCCCAGAAUCGGGACAGAGUGGGUCGCACUUAUGGCAGGCAGACGCACAAGUUGCUCAUUGAUCCCUGCAUCUACCAUGCCCCGGAACUGAUUGUGGCCCCCAUUCAUGCCAAGCGUGGCCUCAAGGAUUAUCCCACGGAGCAAGAGCUGAAGAUCCUACGCACACGGGAAGGGCUGGUGGACUCCGUUUACAGGCAUCCCAUUCUGCCGGGCUACGCUGGUUUUGUGCCCAAUGUAGUGAGCCAGAUUGGCAAGCGGUAUGUGGCUGCCGCAUCCGCUGGAGUGGCUCGCCACGAGACCUUGAUGGAGCUGUACCGCUGCGAGAAACGGACUCUCCGGCACCGGGAUCUGCUGGAGAGCGGGAAGGGUCUGUUCGAACGCAAGAUAAACGAAAGGCUGCUGCCACAGACCAACUACAGGGCACCGCUGAUCCCAGUCACCGGCGUGUCCAAGGGCAUCAAGGAUGAGUCCUGUCCACCGAGGGUGGAAAAGCUCUGCUACAGCAAGUUUACUUCGCCGCAUUUCCUCGAGGACGAGGAUCCCGACAAGUUCAUCAUCAACGGAUAUGCCGGGCACAUUCCCAUGUCGGUCACCCGUUUCGGGGAGUCGAACAAGGUGCUCACCGGACGGGCGUUGUGCAGCUUCUCGGAUUACAUGUACAAGCGGAAGAGGGACACCUGGUGCUGUGGUCAGGAUCUCAGCCGACCGGCCAUCACCUGCCCGCCGGUGGGACACUUUGUUGUCUAUCAUACGGACGACGGAAUGAACCCCAGUUAUGCGGGUCACGUGCCCGGAGAGACCUACAAAUUCGGGCGAACCUACGGCAAGACCACUUACGAUGCCAAGCGUUGGCUGGAGGUGCACAAGAAUCUCACCGUGCUGCCGGAGGUGGCCAAUCUGGAUUACGCCUACUGAGAGGGGAAUCCCCUUGGCGCAGAUUUCAAAUAGUAACGCUUUUCGCCGAGCGAUGCCACCCCGCCGAGGAAAUGCAGCAUUUACCGUGUAUCGUGCACCUGGUCCCACCGGCGAUUGUUGUGAUGUAUCGAUACAACAACAACAUCCCCAGCUUUCUAUCUACGUCGUUUGUUGCAGCAAAUAAAUAAGUUUUAAUUGA